UGCAGCCGGUUGGGGGGGAGGCCGAGGGGGGGCCCCCAUGCCAAGCCCCCGGGGAGGAGCACCCACCAUGGUCCCCGACCAGCGGGGCAACCCCACUCACUCGAGCUCGGGGCUCGAGGCCUAGUGCAGCCUGCCCCCUUCCUCCUCCUCCUCCUCCUCCUCCUCCUGCAGCGAUGGCAGAGGAGCAACCCCCCCAGCCCGAUGCCCACCAGCAGCAGCAGCAGCAGCAGCAGCAGCAGCAGCUGCUGCCCCUGAGCCCGGGGGGGCCCCUGCCAACUCUGCUGCCGGGCCUGCCCGCCACCGACGCCAGCGCGCUGCAACACAAGAUCAAGAAAUCCAUCUGCAAACCUGUACAAUCUAAGGUGGACUGCAUUUUGCAAGAAGUUGAGAAGUUUACAGACCUAGAGAAACUCUACCUCUACCUUCAGCUGCCUUCUGGUCCUAGCAAUGGAGAGAAAAGCGAUCAGAGUUCCAUGUCAUCGAGCCGGGCACAGCAAAUGCACGCCUUUUCGUGGAUUCGAAACACCUUGGAAGAACAUCCCGAGACUUCGCUCCCCAAACAAGAAGUCUAUGAUGAGUACAAGAGCUAUUGCGACAAUCUUGGCUACCAUCCGUUAAGUGCUGCUGAUUUUGGAAAGAUCAUGAAAAACGUCUUUCCAAACAUGAAGGCACGCCGCCUGGGCACAAGAGGCAAAUCAAAAUAUUGCUACAGUGGAUUGAGGAAAAAAGCGUUUGUUCACAUGCCAACACUGCCCAAUCUUGACUUUCAUAAAGCCGGAGAUGGGUUGGAAGGAGCGGAACCUUCCGGCCAGCUCCGGAGCGUGGACGAGGAAGUCGUCUCCGCGGCCUGCCGGCUAGUGUGCGAGUGGGCCCAGAAAAUGUUGGGCCAGCCCUUCGAUUCGGUCUGGGACUUAGCUCACUUCCUCGUCAAAAGUCACUUCAUAGACACCAAGUCGAUGGCAGCUCUUACUGUAAUGGCAGCAUCACCAGCAGGGAUCAAAGGGAGCAUCCAGCCCUCUGCUUUCGUGCCCACGGCCGAAAGCAAUUCCUUUCAGCCUCAAGUGAAGACACUGCCGUCUCCCGUCGAUGCCAAGCAGCAGCUCCAACGGAAAAUCCAGAAGAAGCAGCAGGAGCAGAAGCUGCAGUCUCCUCUGCCGGGAGAAGCUUCCGCGAAGAAACCAGAAGGAGCGGUAACCAACGGAGUAGCCGGGAUCUCGAACGGAAACUCCGCCAUCCUCUCUCCCCAGCCAAUCGGUAUCGUGGUGGCAGCUGUCCCCAGCCCUAUCCCGGUGACCCGAACCAGGCAGCUGGUCACGUCCCCAAGUCCGAUGGGUUCCCCGGAUGGCAAGGUUCUUCCUCUUAACGUCCAGGUGGUAACUCAGCACAUGCAGUCGGUGAAGCAGGCGCCCAAGACUCCUCAGAACGUCCCGGCCAGUCCCGGGGGCGACCGUUCCGCCCGGCCCCGCUACCCUCAGAUCCUACCCAAGCCAGCCAACACCAGUGCCCUCACCAUCCGCUCCCCGACUACCGUCCUCUUCACGAGCAGCCCCAUCAAGACCGUCGUCCCUGCCCCCCACGUGAGUUCCUUGAACGUGGUGAAAAUGACAGCGAUAUCCCUCACGCCCGGCGGCGGCGGCGGCACCCCCCUCAAGCCCAACGCCGCGGCCAACCCCGGCGCGGGAGCGGCCGACGAGCCCCGCGCCGUCCCCCAGAUCAAGAACGGCUCGGUCGUGUCCCUCCGGUCUCCCGGCUCCAAGACGAGCGGGGCCGGGGCCGCGUCGGCCGUGGAGAUCAAGGUGGAGCCGGAAGCUGGGGCGGAGGAGAAUCCCGUAGCGUGCCAAGAGAACGCCGAGGCUUCCAAAGCUCCCAGGGCAACGCCCGCGGUGGUUUUGGGGCAGCGGCAUCAUCCGGAGGGGGGAGCCCAGAAGGCUCCAACCGAGGGCCCUGACGACGCAAGGGCGGCCAAGACGUGCAACCCGAGGACCAGGUGCAAAAGUCGCUCCAACGAAAUUCUGCCGGCUUCUUCCGCGGGCAAUAAUCCGAGCGCCGUCACGCUCUCGGUGGCCACUCAGAAUUUCUCCAGCACCAGCACCGACACCAGUUCACCCCCCGGGGGAGACCCCGCCGGCAAAGACACUAAGUUAUGCACUAAAAGUCCGCGGAAGCGACAGCCUCCCACGCUGCAAGAGUCCCAGGUGCCUCUCGUCAAGAAGUCCCUGGUGGAGCCGCCCCCGGCCGGGACCCCGGAAGGCCCCAGGGCCGGCGGGGUUAAGAGGGAUCCGAAAGCCCCCGCGCCGGCCAAGGCGGAGGGCCCCGGCGGAGCGGUCCAGCCUCCCGGCAAGGCGGCAACCGCCAAGGUCAGUUCCGGGGCCCCGGCCCACCCGGCGGCCAGUUGCCCGCCGAGCUCUAAGGGCGCCGGGCCCGGCGGCUCCGCGGGAGGGCCCCAGGCGGCCGCCGCCUCUCCGGGCGUCCGGGUGAAAUUAGAAAGAAACGUUUUCGUCCCAGAGAACGAGUCCAAGCCGGACGGCGGCUCGACUCUAAACCCGUGGCAGCGAGUGGAGGCCGCCCGGGACUCCGAGCUUCCGCCGGCCGACCGCACGGAGCGGCAGGACGCGGGCGUCAUGGACGUGGCCGAAGCCCCCGGCGGGAGCGACCUGCCGAAGUCCGUCUGGGAGCCGUUGCGCUUCGAGGGGCUCCAGCAGAGCCCCUUCGGCCCGCAGCUCCAGAACCAGCCGGAGGAAUCCGCCCUGGGCCAGGUGGCGGCCCGGUCUUCGAACCGGGUAGCCCCGCCGUCCGAACUGAAGCCGUUCGAGCCUCCCGGCCCGCAGGCGAACGAGAACUACUUCCCGUUCGACGACGAGCUGACCCAGGACAGCAUCGUGGAAGAGCUGGUCCUCAUGGAGGAGCAGAUGUCGCUGAACAACUCCCACCCGUACGGCGGCUGCCUGGGGCUGGCCCUCCAGGGGCAGGCGGUGACCCCGAGCGCUCCCGUGGCGUCCCACCCCGCCAACCCCCACUUCUACCACUCGGUCCACAGCAACGGCACUCCGAUCCACACCCCCACCCCCACCCCCACCCCGACCCCCACCCCCACGCCCACGCCCACCCCCACGUCGGAGAUGAUCGCCGGCUCGCAGGGCCUGUCCCGGGAGAGCCCCUGCUCCAGGCUGGCUCCCACGACGCCGGUGGACAGCGCGCUGGGGAGCAGCCGGCACACGCCCAUCGGCACGCCGCAUUCCAACUGCAGCAGCAGCGUCCCCCCGAGCCCCGUCGAGUGCAGGAACCCCUUCGCGUUCACCCCGAUCAGCUCCAGCCUGGCCUACCACGAUGCCAGCAUCGUCUCCAGCAGCCCCGUGAAACCGAUGCAGAGGCCCACGGCCACGCACCCGGACAAAACCAAGCUGGAGUGGAUGAACAACGGGUACGGCGGGGGGGUCGGCGGGGCGGCCGUGGCCAGCCACGGCAUCCUGCCGAGCUACCAGGAGCUGGUGGAGGACCGUUUCCGGAAGCCGCACGCCUUCGCGGUGCCCAGCCAGUCCUACCAGUCUCAGCCCAGGCAUCACGACCCCCACUUGGGCCGCCUGACGCCCGUCUCCCCCGUGCAGCCCCAGGGGGCCGGCGGGAACGCCGCCGCCACCGCCAACAAGCAGGAAGGGUUCGCCGUCCCCGCCCCGCUCGACGGCAAAGGCGCCGGCUCCUCCCUCAACAACAGCUUCAGGUGCCGGAGCGUCAGCCCCGCCGUCCACCGCCAGCGCAACCUUAGCGGCAGCACCCUCUACCCGGUGUCCAACAUCCCGCGGUCCAACCUGACCCCCUUCGGCAGCCCGCUCGCGCCCGAGAUCCACACCGUCUUGGCCGGCAUCCACCCCGACGUCGGCGCCAACAGCCUAGCUCAGAGGAGCCAGUCCGUCCCGUUGACGGUCAUGAUGCAGACGGCCUUCCCCUCGCUCCAGAAGCAGACCAACACUAAGAAAAUCACCAACGUGUUGCUGAGCAAGCUGGACUCGGACGGCGACGACGCCGUGCGGGGCCUGGGGAUGAACAACCUGCCCUCCAACUACACAGCCAGGAUGAAUCUCACGCAGAUCCUGGAGACGUCGGCGGCCUUCGCCGCCGCCAGCCCGCAGGGUCCGAUCCACUCCGGCGCCCCGGUCUACGAGUUCCCGACGCCGACUUACCUCACGAAAAGCAGCGGCGCCGACCAGAUCCACUUCUCUUCCGGGGACGACCAAGCGCCGGGGGAGAUCGGAGAGCAGCAGUUGGAUUUCAGCAGCACCGUGAAGGAGCUGCUGGGCGGGGACAGCCUGCCGACCAGCCAGCAGCUGGCGGGGCAGGUGGCGGCCGAUCUCCAUACCGUCGCCGCCGACUUCUCCAGCGAGAUCCGGUUGUCUUCCGAGCUGUCGGGCAGCAUCAACGACCUGAACGCCCUCGACCCCAAUCUGCUCUUCGACCCGGGUCGCCAGCAGGGCCAGGACGACGAGGCCACCCUGGAGGAGUUGAAGAACGAUCCGCUCUUUCAGCAGAUUUGCAACGAGUCCAUCAACUCCAUAACGGCGUCGGGGUUCGAGUGGAUGGAGAGCAAGGACCAUCCCGCCGUCGAGAUGUUGGGUUGAAUUGCGUUUUCUGAUAUGUAGCACACUGUAUCUAAAGACCAGACGUAUUGUAUUUGUCUUAAUGGAAGUGCCUCCCGCAGCAGAAACACCUGCUCGUAAUUGCGGCGUUUUGCAAAGGGGUUGCUGCAUCCUGGUUCGUUCCUCAGCGGGGAAGCGGGAAGCGGGCAGAGUCGCCGCGGAACGAGGUUGAAGCCCGUUCCCGGAGGUGGAGGGCCGAUGGAGAGUCGAUGUCGAGAUUCAGAUUUUAUAACCGUCCCCACGUUUAGUUUGCUCAGAAACGCGUUGAUUGAGCAGCCUUCAGACCUUUUCCUCCCAGGCCAUUUUGGGCCCCUUAGGUGUUCUGCAGAGCUCGCCUCUCCCCGAGUAGGCCUGGUUGGUUGGAGCCAUUAAUUUGCUUUAUCGACGCGGGGUCUUUUAGGUCGGGAGCUCCAGCUUGGCAGACUGGAGGCAGAAAGGCUUUUCCUGAAGCGGUGCGGCUUCCCCGUAGGAUGGUUUGCUGUGAGAAACCUCUCGAGAACGCUCCCUUCCUCCAGCUGGACCUCCUAGGGAAGGACUUAGAAAAUCUCUUCCUUUAAACAAAGCGAAAGGUGCACCGACACCUGGUCUCGAAGCCAUUUACACCCGCGACCUCCCGCGAGCGUUUUUAGUGACCGUUUUUAAAAGUCGGUUUUAACCCGAGCUGGAAAAUGCACGAAACGAGUAAAUUAUCCUGAGCUUCCGAGGCCUAGCCGAGGAGGUCCAGACCCACGUUAGAAACCAUUUUGUUCCAUGGUUUUUUUUUAUUUGACAGUUUGGGAAAGGCGAUGUAAGGGGAAAAUAUAAACAUUUGCUUUCCUUAGUACCUUGGCUGCGGGCAAAUAUUAAAUCAUUGAGAUCUGAGAUUUGUUUUUAAACCCUUUUAAUUAUAAUAUAUUCGGGGGUCGAGUUUUUUUUUCUUCCUCACACGGCUGGUAUUAUCAGCUGACGCUCUCUGCUCUUCCCAUUGGCAAAAAUGAAAUUUGGUCAUGAGAUCGCUUUGAAAAAUAACAGCUAACCCGCAGGAGGGGCCUAAAAAUCUAAACUGCAAAAAUGUUUUAUUAGCUAAAUCCAGUUUGCAGCAAGCCUCUCUUCUCCCGCAAGAGGAGUGGUUAUCAAUAAUACUUGGAAAGGGAGGAGUAUUUUUUAGUAAUUGUUUCCCUCGUUCUUUAUACCGUCUUCAGCUGAAGGAGAAAUCCGUAUUUGCGGAUUUAGUUUUAAAAUCAAUUCCUCGCCACCCCUCCCGUCGGAUUUUUAACGCAUAUUUAUUUGUUCAACCUCAAGGCAUCGCGAAACCUGCCCCGGCUUGCAGUCCGUAACGGAGUCUCUAAAAAUGAAACCUAGAAAUUGGGUUUAAGCGCCGAUGAAGUGCUUUAAGUUCGGACCGACCCAACCUUACCUGCAAAGUAAUCAGCGAGCCGAGCAGAACGGGUAGGAAACGCUUGCAGCAGAGCACGUGUAAUAGAGUACGGGUCUCCCGUUAAAAGCGAGAGGAGGGGGAACGGUCGGAUAUUUUCACAAAUCAAAUGGUGCUAGGGUUAGCUCAGAGCUUUGUAUAUCGGUAUCAUGUACUAGUUACUGGCGUUCGUGUGUGUUUGCUGUUACGAUAUUUGUUCUUGAUGCAAGUUAUUUCUUUACCGUACAUUGAGACACAGCGCUACUGCACACCAAAGUAUGCAAUACCCAAAGGACGGGAGCCUCGCUGGGUGAAAUACUCGGAAAGAGGGGAAUUGGAGGCAGUUCUGCUCUCGUGUUUACAUGAUUGGCGUCCUGCUAACGCGACGAAAUAGCUCCGGAUCUUUUUUUCGAACCUAAAACGGCAAGACUAGCAAAGUUUGGCCCCUAGACAGUAUUGCAGCAAACACUUGAAAUUGGGUUGGUCCGUCCCGCAGACUUCUCUAGGGUUCAUCUAUUGCACUAAAUUUCUGUUGAACCUGUGGCAGGCACAUCUCUUAGGAUAAAUGCAACCAAUACGGCCCACAGAGAAACCUUUUUAAAUGUAUUUCGUUAUGAAAAGGCAAAAAUGUCAUCCGGGUGACAGAUGAAAUUGUCUUAUGUAGCAAUGUGCAUUGAUCUCAAUGAGAUAUUUCUAUUUCUUAUUCUCUUACGUGAGAAACCUACAGCAGGAAGAAAUUAAGUUUAGUUUGCUUCACCAUGUUAAUACAUGAUCACAAAGAGUGCAUGCGUGUUAUUGACUUAUCUUGUACAGUACUAGGUAUAUUCCUGUAACCACUUUUUUUUGUUGUUGUUUUGACUGUAUUGGAACUGGUUGGAAGUGAACCAGGCGAACAUAGUUAUUCACAAGUUAUUUACUUUUUUUACGUUUACUAAUUCUGCUUAGUUAUUGUUGACGGUUCUUUUGACAGAUUGUUUUCAUCGUUCUGAUGUUUAAAAUAUUUUGCCUCGUUUUAUCAUGAUGGAAGACUUCAUGAAGUAAAGAGUUUUGCAAAUCAUUGCAAUAAGCACUGACUUUUGAACUGAGGAAAGUGAUUCUUGUGCAGUGCAUCUGAAGUUCAUAUAAUAGUCUUGUACUAUAUACUGUGCUUUCUUUACUGCACCGUAAGGAAAAAAACAAAAAACAAACCCCUGUUUCACAUUUUCAUUUAGUGAAAAAAGUCAGAUUCCCCUCCCCACCCCCGUGUUUUGUUGUCUGUUGUACCUGCUGAAACUACGGUAGUGGAAUAUUGCAGUAGCAUUUCAGUUAUUUUUUUUAUUGAAAGUGCUCAAAAAUUGUUUUUUAAAUGUUUUCAAAAAUAAUAAAAACAUUU